GCGGUGCGGUGCGGUGCGUCGUCGGGCAGUGGCGCGGCCGGCGCCGCGCGUCGCCUUUUCCCCCUUAUGGAAGAGAUGGAAGAGGAGCUGAAAUGCCCGGUGUGCGGCUCGUUCUACCGCGAGCCCAUCAUCCUGCCCUGCUCGCACAACCUGUGCCAGGCGUGCGCCCGCAACAUCCUGGUGCAGACGCCGGAUUCGGAAUCCCCGCAGAGCCGCCGCGCGUCGGGCUCGGCCGUCUCCGACUACGACUACCUGGACCUGGAUAAGAUGAGCCUGUACAGCGAGGCGGACAGCGGCUACGGCUCCUACGGCGGCUUCGCCAGCGCUCCCACCACCCCGUGCCAGAAAUCCCCCAACGGCGUGCGGGUUUUCCCUCCCGCCGCCCCGCCGCCCCCCGCUUCCUUGGCCCCUCCGCCUCCGCCGCCCCGCAACGCGUGCCUGACGUGCCCGCAGUGCCACCGCAGCCUGGUGCUGGACGAGCGCGGGCUGCGCGGCUUCCCCCGCAACCGGCUGCUGGAGGGCGUCAUCGAUCGCUACCAGCAGGGCCGGGCGGCGGCGCUGCGCUGCCAGCUGUGCGAGAAGGCGCCCAAAGAGGCGGCCGUCAUGUGCGAGCAGUGCGACGUCUUCUACUGCGAGCCGUGCCGCCUGCGCUGCCAUCCGCCCCGCGGCCCCCUGGCCAAACACCGCCUGGUGCCCCCCGCGCAGGGCCGCGUCAGCCGCCGGCUGAGCCCCCGCAAGAUCUCCACGUGCACGGACCACGAGCUGGAGAACCACAGCAUGUACUGCGUGCAGUGCAAGAGCCCCGUGUGCUACCAGUGCCUGGAGGAGGGCAAGCACUCCAGCCACGAGGUGAAGGCGCUGGGGGCCAUGUGGAAGCUGCACAAGAGCCAGCUGUCCCAGGCCUUGAAUGGGUUGUCAGACAGAGCCAAGGAGGCGAAAGAGUUCCUGGUGCAGCUCCGCAACAUGGUGCAGCAAAUCCAGGAGAACAGCGUGGAGUUCGAGGCCUGCCUGGUGGCCCAGUGUGAUGCCCUCAUCGAUGCCCUCAACAGAAGGAAAGCCCAGCUGCUGUCCCGUGUCAACAAGGAGCACGAGCAUAAGCUGAAGGUGGUGAGAGACCAGAUUUCUCACUGCACGGUGAAGCUGCGGCAGACCACGGGGCUGAUGGAGUACUGCCUGGAGGUCAUCAAGGAGAACGACCCCAGCGGCUUCCUGCAGAUCUCCGAUGCUCUCAUCAGAAGAGUGCACUUAACUGAGGACCAGUGGGGAAAAGGGACGCUCACACCCCGCAUGACCACGGACUUUGACCUGAACCUUGACAACGGCCCCCUGCUGCAGUCCAUCCAUCAGCUCGACUUCGUGCAGAUGAAAGUUUCCUCCCCAGUGCCGGCCCCCCCAAUCCUGCAGCUGGAGGAGUGCUGCACCCACAACAACAGUGCCACGCUGUCCUGGAAGCAGCCCCCAUUGUCAACGGUGCAGGUGGAAGGAUACAUCCUGGAGCUCGACGAUGGCAAUGGAGGGCAGUUCAGGGAGGUGUAUGUGGGCAAGGAAACCAUGUGCACAGUGGACGGGCUUCACUUCAACAGCACUUACAGCGCCCGUGUCAAAGCCUUCAACAAAACAGGAGUCAGCCCCUACAGCAAGACCCUGGUGCUGCAGACAUCCGAGGAAACGCAGUCAGAAGAACAGACCCUCCCUUUUCCAGUGCCUUUGGAAAGAUUGCAGCUUCGUAGAAUGAGUCCUUUCUCCUCCACCCUUAAUCUACAACCCAGCUUCCCGGGGAGAUCCUACUUUGAGCUAAGAUCUUCGGCCCACCAGCUGAGCUUGCAUUCUUCCUUACAGUCCCUGAACUCAGCCGGAUGCAAUUUUGAGACACAAGGAACGCCUUACUCUCAAUUAGUUGACAUAAAAAAAAUGGUGGCAGUAGCUUGGUUUUCUUUCGAUCCUGCCUCUGCACACGCUGACAUCAUCUUUUCUAACGACAACCUGACUGUCACCUGCAACAGCUAUGAUGACAGGGUUGUGCUGGGGAAAACGGGCUUUUCCAAAGGGCUGCACUACUGGGAGUUGUCCAUCGAUCGUUACGAUAACCACCCGGACCCGGCCUUUGGGGUGGCACGCAUCGACGUCCUGAAGGAUGCCAUGCUGGGCAAGGAUGACAAAGCUUGGGCCAUGUAUGUGGAUAACAACCGCAGCUGGUUCAUGCACAACAACUCUCACACCAACAGGACUGAGGGAGGGAUAACAAAAGGUGCCACGGUGGGAGUGCUGCUGGAUUUGACCAGGAGGACCUUGACGUUCUCCAUCAACGAGGACCAGCAGGGCCCUGUCGCCUUUGAGAACUUGGAGGGCCUGUUCUUCCCAGCAGUCAGCCUCAACAGGAACGUGCAGGUGACGCUGCACACGGGGCUGCCGGUCCCUGAGUUCUACGCCUCGCGCUCGGCCAUGCAGUGAGGAUGAGGCAGCACGGAGCUGCGAGCGCCGGCACUGGGGGCAGCCAGAAGGGAAGGAGGAACCCAGCUUUGGCAGUCUUCAUUCUCCACCCACCAGCGCUGUCCUGUGUGUGUACGCUUCGCUGUUUAGCUCUUUUUGGCUGAUGAAGUACCUAGGUAGCCCAAGAUGUCCCUGUGUCCGCUUUUAGGUUCGGUUUUUCUCCCCUUUGAGUUGGGGCUUGGAGUUGAGAUGAGAGCUUCCCGUCCUGCAUCCUGCUGCAGCUGGCCAGGCUGUGGGAGAGACCCCC